CCUCCACACAUUCCACCAUUGCCUUAUCUCUUGAGUUCUCUUCCAUGUCUCUCUCUUUUCUUUCCCUCCAAACACACAAAAUAAUCAAUCCACUCCUCUUCACCUCCCUAGUCCCUGAAUCUGAGCCUCCAAUUCUUCUGUUGUUUCUCCAAAAUGGCUAGCAAGUUAGCCUUCACUUUGACAUCUCCAAGACGACCUUUCUCUUCACUUAUUCAAAGACCCUUUAAUCCUCUCUCUUCUUCUUCUUCGGCAAGAGUUCAGUCGUUUAACUUCAACGGACGACAAUUAUGCCUUCGUCGCAGGCUCUCUGUGCUAGUUCCCACUAAGGCCACUGCUGACCAAGAAGGCAAGGUUGAAGAAGAUGAGUUUGUUGACAGCAAAAUUUUGCCAUAUUGUAACAUAGACAAGAAAGAAAAGAAGUCCUUGGGAGAACUUGAGCAAGAAUUUCUUCAAGCUCUACAAGCAUUCUAUUAUGAGGGAAAAGCAAUAAUGUCAAAUGAGGAAUUUGAUAAUCUCAAAGAAGAAUUAAUGUGGGAGGGCAGCAGUGUUGUCAUGCUAAGUGCUGAUGAACAAAGGUUUCUGGAAGCUUCAAUGGCUUAUGUGUCCGGGAACAAGAUUAUGAGCGACGAAGAGUUUGACAAACUGAAACAAAGACUAAAGAGUGAAGGAAGUGAGAUUGUAGUCGAAGGUCCUCGAUGCAGUCUCCGCAGUAGAAAGGUUUAUAGUGAUUUGUCUGUUGACUAUCUCAAGAUGUUCCUAUUGAAUGUCCCGGCGGCCGUUGUUGCGCUAGGAUUGUUCUUUUUCUUGGAUGAUAUAACUGGAUUCGAAAUCACAUAUCUCUUGGAGUUGCCAGAACCAUUUAGUUUUAUUUUCACAUGGUUCGCCGCGGUGCCCCUCAUAGUCUGGCUAUCUUUGACAUUCACUAAUGCUAUUGUCAAAGACUUUCUGAUCUUAAAGGGCCCUUGUCCCAACUGCGGAACUGAGAACACCUCCUUCUUCGGGACCAUAUUGUCGAUCUCCAGUGGCGGUACGACCAACAAAGUAAAAUGCUCAAACUGUGCAACUGAAAUGGUGUACGACUCGAAUACCCGCUUGAUCACAUUGCCAGAAGGAAGCAGCGGUUGAUUUGCAGUUGACAAAUACAGGGAUAUAUAACAAGGUGCAGAGACAAAUGCAUUCUAUGGGAUAUAAAGCUUGUGUCACUGACUUGUUAAGGUGGAAGCCAAGGAUGUCACAAAUACCUGUAUUUAAUCCUUUUUGUGGGGAAGGGAAUUUUUCUUCAUUUUGUAGGGUUGAGCGACAUCUAAAGUAUGUUGUUAUGUGAAUAUUGUACAAUCUGUGUGUAUGCUUCUUUACAUACCCAACAAGCUUAUUUGUAAGGGGACCCAAAAAAAAAAAAAAAAACAGAAAAAAAAAAAGAAAGAUUUAAGGGACAGAGAACAUAACUAAGCAGGCUGGUCUCCACAAGAGAGAGUGUGUAAACAUCGUGAUGUAAUUCCGUUAGAUAAUAACAUCACAUGUACAAAUUCUUAGCUGCAGUUUUUUUUUUUUUUU